AUUUGGAAAAGAAACCAGAACCAACGGAGAAAACAAACAUCACUGGGCCUAGAAUUCGCCACAACUCCAAACAUACACCCCACCAUAGUUCUGUAAGCCUUACAAAAAUCUCGCAGCUCUUGCUUCUGCAAAUCAAUUUAGGGUUUAGAAUUUUGAGAGCUCAAAUGUCUUGCUCUUCUUCAAUCACAACCGACUUGUUCAACCCCAAUGCUAACAGACUUGUCAUUGCGCCUUCAACUACUUUCCACCCCACUGAUAGAAGUAGAUGCAAAUGUGUAACCAACAGAAGGGGUUUUGCCUUUAAAGGAAUCGUUGCUGCGGGUGUUUCAGUCAUGGGUUCUUCUGUGAUUACUGACCCUGUUCAAGGGCUGGAGAGAUUACCAUUCAAGCCAGAGGGUUAUAAUUUUUGGACAUGGCGAGGUCACAAAAUACAUUAUGUAGAACAAGGAGAAGGAUUUCCGAUUGUUCUUAUUCAUGGAUUUGGUGCUUCUGCAUUUCAUUGGAGGUAUAACAUUCCUGAAUUGGCUAAAAGAUACAAGGUUUAUGCCAUCGACUUGCUAGGUUUUGGGUGGAGUGAUAAAGCGAUUAUUGAGUAUGAUGCCAUGGUAUGGAAGGAUCAAGUAGAGGACUUCUUGAAAGAGAUAGUGAAAGAGCAAGCAAUUUUAGUCGGAAACAGUCUAGGUGGAUUUACUGCUUUGGCUACAGCAGCAGAGUUGCCUGAGCAGGUUGUUGGAGUUGCUCUAUUGAAUUCUGCAGGACAGUUUGGAGAUAUAAAGGGUGAAACCAUCAAGUCUGAAGAAACAGUCCUGCAAGCCUACUUUCUGAAGCCUUUGAAGGAAAUUUUCCAACGUAUAGUUCUUGGAUUUUUGUUCUGGCAAGCAAAGCAACCAGCUCGAAUUGAAUCUGUCUUAAAGAGUGUGUAUAUAAAUGCCUCCAAUGUGGAUGACUAUCUUGUGGAAUCAAUAACAAUGCCAGCAGCUGACCCCAAUGCUGGAGAAGUCUAUUACAGAUUAAUGACCCGGUUCAUGAUGAAUCAAAGCAAGUACACGCUAAACAGUGUCUUAAGCAAACUCUCUUGCCCGCUGUUGUUGCUCUGGGGUGACUUAGAUCCAUGGGUAGGUCCUGCCAAGGCAAACAGAAUCAAAGAGUUCUAUCCAAAUACAUCACUUGUAAACCUACAGGCAGGGCACUGCCCGCAUGAUGAAGUUCCGGAGCUUGUCAAUGGUGCCUUGAUUGAAUGGCUGUCAAAUGCUGUUAACAUGUCCUAAUUUUUUUGUAACUUUAUAACCCACUUCUGGUUUACUUACAACCGUACAAUAAUAUGGCAGCACCACUGCAGUCUACUGCUUAUUUUGUUCAAAUAUGGAAACAUUCUCGCAGUC